CUCCAGAGGAGUCUAGACUCCUCCUGAAAUUUCACCUUAUGACACUCAUUAACUUUUUCUUACUACUAAAUAUACGGACUAAAAUUUAAAUCUUUAAUAACUUCCCUUUUGUGCUUUCUUCGUUCUUCUCUCGAGUUCCUUGUGAUCACUUUUAAUAUUAACCUAGGGUUUUACUACGUUGUGAAUUCUUUCAUUUGUUCUUUUAGUGAUACCAAUGGAGGAUUACGCUUCAAUUAAGAUUAAGAGGAAGGAUUUGGACGAAGUUAAUGACGAUUUUUCCGAUUUUUCUCUCUCUGCUCCCGCUCGUAAAAUUCGUCGCCUGGAUGCUGAGUCGCCGCACAUAAUUGCGGAGCAAGAGGCUGAUUUUGAGGUUGGGUACGAACAUCGCUUACCUGAAAGCACAAUGUUCAAUGGUUCAGAAAACAGAUCGAAGUCGGUGGUUAUUGAGGAACUACCUUCCGUUCCAGAGGAUGAAAAAAAAGCUAUUGUUCUGUUCAAACCUAUGAAUAAUAACCCUUUUUCUCAGAGGAAUUUAUCUGUUGACGCCAAUUUCAUAUCCAAUUUCAUAAAUGAAGGUUACUGGGGCAACAAGCUAAAUUUUAGUAGACUCGUAGACGAGGAUGAAUCUCUGGAAAAUGGCAACGAUAAUGACAAGGAGAACGCAUGUAAGGCUGUGAUCCCUUGGGUACCUUCUCAGACACUCAACCCAUUACCAGAAAGACUUGCUCCUCAAACAGAGGUUUUGGAAUCAAUGGAUGCAGAAGAAAUGGAUGUUGCGACAAUGGAGAUUGAGGAUGUGAAUGCAGAUGUUUCAAAUGUUGGACAUGAAGAACUUUCUAGACUUAAUGAAGGAUUGCAACUUCAACAGCAUCAACCGUAUCAGCAGUGUCAACCAUAUCAACAGCAACAUUGCUUGUUUCCACAACCUCCUCAAAAUACAACCACUCCCGUUGUGUGGUACAGGUGAUGAGGCUAUUGUCUAGUAAUGUAGGUUGGAAAAUAGCUGUGAUAGGAGGAGAUUUUGAGGGAAAUGUGUACUAAGACAUUUUUGACCAUUGUUAAAUAUGAAAUAUAUUAUUGAAUUUGUAAUUGUGUUACCUUAUUAAUUAAUAUUUACUUGUUAUAUGAUAAAUACUUUUAAGUUUUUUAUUUGAUUUGCAUUAUUUUUUAGGCUUUUAGAUGA